UCCUUGGCUGGACGUCUGCACCAUGGACAGGGAUCUGAGUGAAGACGACAGUGUGGUGGAACUCAGCUUUGAGGCCGAGAGUCCGCUGGCACCCCCCGCUGAGCUUCUGGAGAGAUUGCCCAGCUAUGACUGGCUUCUUGAAGGAGAUGGACAGCAGAUAUUCUUCCCACCUCUGGAGGCUCCCGGGAGACCCUUGGAACAAAGGUGCUGGUCCUCAUUCAUGGAACACAGCAGAAUCCCUAUGGUGACAGAGCAAGUGGCUCGGGAAGCCCUUCUCAGCUUUGUGAGCUCCAAAUGCUGCUACAGCAGCGCAGCUGCCGGUGACCUCAUCAUCCAGGAGCUCAAGCAGCAGACUCUCUGCAGGUAUCGACUAGAGACUUUCACCGAAUCCAGAAUAAGUGAAUGGACAUUUCAACCCUUUACUAACCAGUCAGUGGAUGGGCCGCAAAGAGGGACCUCCCCCAAGCUUUGGGACAUCAAAGUCCAGGUGCCCCCGAUGUUUCAGGAAGACACGAGGAAGUUUCAAGUCCCUCACUCGUCACUGGUCAAGGAAUGCCACAAAUGCCAUGGGCGUGGGCGUUACAAGUGCAGCUGCUGCCACGGGGCAGGCAUGGUGAGGUGCCCGUCCUGCAGUGGAGCCAAGCGCAAAGCCAAGCAGUCCCGCAGGUGUCCGAUGUGCUCGGGGUCUGGCAGGCGGAGGUGCAGCACGUGCUCAGGGAGGGGCAGCAAGACCUGUGCCACCUGCAAAGGGGAGAAGAAGCUGUUGCACUUUAUCCAGCUAGUCAUCGUGUGGAAAAACAGCCUGUUUGAGUUUGUGUCUGAGCACCGCCUGAAUUGCCCUGGGGAACUCCUUGCUAAAGCCAAAGGAGAAAGCCUCUUUAAGGAUGAAAACACCAUGGUGUACCCCAUUGUGGAUUUCCCGCUGCGGGAGAUCUCUCUGGCCUCGCAGAGGGGCAUCGCGGAGCACAGCGCCGCCCUGGCCUCCCGCGCCCGAGUCCUUCAGCAGCGCCAGACCAUUGAGCUGAUCCCCCUCACAGAAGUGCAUUAUUGGUACCAAGGACAGACUUACGUCUACUACAUCUACGGCACGGACCACAGAGUGUACGUGGUCGAUUACCCUGAACGGUACUGCUGUGGCUGCACCAUCAUCUGACGGGACCCAGUCAUCUCCAGAGCCGGGAGUUUACUCAUCAUUGGCUACAUCAGACAAUCCUAUACAAACCCUGGGGUGUCCUUCUAGACACUUCAGCUUAUCAUCUGUCAAACCCCUGGUCUUUCCAGAGCUUCUCUGGUGGGAUCCAUCAUGCAUUUAACCUACAAGAAUUCAGCUAGGCACAUUUCUUUAGAACAUUGUGGACCAUGAUAUGCAAAUGAGCAGUUAUACCCUCACCUGCCAAGCCCCACCCCGGGAUUCUGCAUAUCCCUUUCAGUUACUGCUGUCCCCUGUGGAGUCUGGCCGAACUGCUGGUGGGGUCGUGCUCACAGGAGCAGCAGCAUUUAGACAGGUGUCCAGCUCCCUUGGGACUGCAUGGAAGACAAAGGGAAAUUGAGAUGUGAAACGUGAUGGGACGUGAACCAGGAGGACAACCUUCCAGGCUCGGACUUUGCCUCCCAUGCCGGCUGAACCUAGCUGAUGCUGCACGCUCUGCACAUGCGGGAAGCUGAGGGCAGGAUGAGGUCUGUCCUUGCCUGCCCAGUCCCUCUGGGCCCAGGGACGAUGGUGGCAGGGGAAACUGAGAGAGAGUACCAUGGGACUCCCUUCUUCCUCUUCCUCCUGAAGCUCUCUAAGUCUGGGAAGCCAGCACCUCUGAGCCUGGUGUCCUUACAGCCCACCUCAGUGGGGCUCCAGCAGGAUGCUGCUGCAUCCGGGGCCAUUGUACUGAUGGCAGGCACGGGCUUGGGUUGUUGCAGUGGUUGGAAGGGACACUCCUGGCAUUUGGUGGACGGAGAGCAGGAAAGCUGGCUGGCGAGCACUCUGCGCAAUGAAGCUCGCAGAUCCGCCCCUGACAAUCAUGGAGAGCUCGUUACCCAGAACCUCACUGAGGCCUGCUGACUGCCCUCAUCUCACUCACCGCUCAACUCUGCUCUUUGAUUUUCCUGUAUGGUUAGGAAUUGCUCCGGUCCUCUCUCUUCCCUGAAGUCCAAACUAGUAACCCCUGCCGACUUCGUUACAGCCCCUCACACGGUCCUGCCUCAGCCGUCACAAUUUGAAAUAGGUGCAGUACAAUGUUACUUUCUUCUCAUUUCUCCAUUCUCUUUCAGCUGGGGCAUUAAAUUGCUUUUG